CCCCUCCCUGUCAAACCAGACCCCACCCUCCCACAACAACCUGUUUGCUGGCCUCAACAGCCCAGGUCAAUCCAGAGUGAGAGACGGGGGCCAGCACCAGCUUUCAUCUCAGGGCGGGUUGACAGAGUACCAUCCCCCGUCCCAUGCAGAGCCCGCCCCCCCUGCGGCGAGCCAGUCUCCCCCUUUUCACAACGACGUACAACUCCUCCAACCCCUCUCCGCCUCUCCUUAACACCCCGGCUCACACCCCACCUCUGUUUCUGGAUGCUCUGGAGGGCGUCUCCACCUUGGCCCAUCGUGACACCCAGUCUCUGCAGACUGACACCAGUCCUCUGUUUGACUUUGGGGAGAAGCUUGAUUACCUGUCCUCCAGCCAGCAGAACAACACACUGUCCUACCAGCUUCAGACCUCCUACCCCACCAGCCAGCCCCAUCACCAACCUAAAGCAUCUCUAUCCCGCAUGGCGUACCUUACCCCCUCCCCCUAUCUCACCCCCAACCCUCCAGAUUCCAACCCUACUUCCUACCUGACCUUUGGCCCUGGAGGAAACUCCACUGGGGUGGUGACCUACUCCACUGGAGGCCACGCCUACUUCCAGUCCCAGAGUGCUGGACAAAUCCUGCUGCAGUCCACUGGUCAUCAUGGUGGGAUCACAGCCUACCAGUCAUACCCGUGGGGUAACAUGUACAGCCAGCCAGCCAUGCACCAGCGUGCUCAGUGCCCUCCAACUUACUCUGCCAACUUGGGGCCUGCUCGGGAUCACCCGCCACCCUCCUCCACCAACCUACCUCCCCCCUCAUUCUACCCCCGGGGGGAUCUCGGGCCCUCUCACGCAAACACCCAGCGCUCGUCACACACCCAGACACACACCACCACUGUCCUCCCACCUGUGUCCACCCUGCGGCCCUCACACCUCAGAGGGGAGAGCACUCCUAACCAAGGUUACAUCCCUGUUGCCUUCACAGGUCAGCCCUGCCUCUCCAGAAAGCCCUCCAGUGCCCCCUUGUGUUAAGAUUGAGUAUGACAGCCCCCGAGAAAUUCACAGCCACUUCCACUGUGACUUCUCCCCAGUACAUUUUUGAAUUCAUGUUUGUGUUUGUCUGAGUGUGUGUGUGUUUAAAGUUUCUGUGUAAAUAUGUCCUGUGUAUAUGUGACUGCUUCUGUCAUUUCUAUAUUCUCUUUGUUCUGAUGUUCUCAAUAUUAAUGUUAGCAGGCUAAGUUGGGCUGCGGUUAGCUGGGCUUUAAUAAAUGCUCAUUGUUCUGUUAAUCUUUUAUUUCUGCAUUUAAUUUGCUUUGCCAUGAUGUCAGUCAGGGAUUUCCAACCUUGUUUGCUCUGUGGACCGUUUUGAUUUGAUUUUGGUUGUGGACCGAGGGGAGUGUAUUGGUUGUGGUGGUGAGGUAAUGUAAUAGUUCUCUUUACCCAAUUAGAACAUACAUGCAUGUUCACAAAUCAAACAUUUUGACUGAGGCAUAAUCACUACCCAACACAAAUAAACCUUGAUAACAUGUUAAAGAAUGAGAGCAAGAUAUAAUCCGACAGAAAAGACACUUACACAUGUUAGUUA